AAAAAAAAAUAUUUUAGUAUGUAAAAACAAAACUAAAUAUCAGUUGUUGAAGUCUCGUUAGUCUGAGAUUAUCGCCAAGCCGUUGUCCAACGCCAUUUUGUAUGUUUGUUAAUAAAUCGAAGGAGUCUGUUACAGAUAGGAAGAUGUCUGAAACUUAUGCUGCUUUACCCCAGGGACGAGAACAGGACUAUAAAGAUUGGAGAGUUGAUGCUGGUGAUUUUGGCUUGUUUAACACAUUCAGGAUUCACUUAGGAAAAUAUUUCUUAUUCAAAUUCCUAGUCAUAGGAAGUGCUGGUACUGGGAAGUCCUGUAUUUUACAUCAAUUCAUUGAGAACAAAUUUAAGCAAGAUUCAAACCAUACUAUUGGAGUUGAAUUUGGAAGCAAAGUAGUGAAUGUUGGUGGGAAAUCUGUAAAAUUGCAAAUCUGGGAUACAGCUGGACAAGAAAGAUUUCGUUCAGUCACCCGGAGCUAUUACCGAGGAGCUGCUGGUGCUUUAUUGGUCUAUGACAUCACAAGUCGAGAAACAUACAACGCUCUAACUAACUGGUUAACAGACGCCCGCACACUUGCUAGUCCGAACAUUGUCAUCAUAUUGGUGGGCAACAAAAAAGAUUUGGAAGCUGAUCGUGAAGUAACAUUCUUGGAAGCUAGCCGCUUUGCACAAGAGAAUGAGUUGAUGUUUUUGGAAACAAGUGCUUUGACUGGAGAGAAUGUGGAAGAGACAUUUUUGAAGUGUGCACGGUCAAUACUUACUAAAAUUGAAUCAGGUGAACUUGAUCCUGAAAGAAUGGGUUCUGGUAUUCAGUAUGGAGAUGCUUCACUUCGCCGUCUGCACCGGCAACAACAACAGACUCAAAGACCAGACUGUGCCUGCUGAGGAGAUUAGCAUCGACACCUUAACAUUCUCUGGCUGCUACACACCUGUCUUAUUUACUUGUCUCGCUGCCAGCUAAGGUUCAUUUUACUGAGAUUCCUUCAUACACUAAUGCUACUUUUACUAUAACUUCUAUUAGGCAUUGGUCAUGAUGCAAGGGAAGAACACUCUCUGUUGAUAAUUUGGAAGAUAAUUCAACCAGCCAACAUUUAAUAAUAACGAUAAUUAUAUAUUAAUAUUAAUAAUAACAAUGAUGAUGGCAAUGAUGUGAAAGCAAUUUCUACAUGAACAAAACCUCCACUGUAUUCUUUUUGUUUGCCACAGUCUGCAAAGAACAUUUUUCACUUCUGUUAUGGCUCAGCCUUGACAUUAAAUGCUGUAAAUAAUACUUAAAAUAUUUCUUUUCUAAAAGAAAAGAGAGAAAUAAAAAAAUUUUAAAAAUCAUACAUAAAGAAACUAAAACUAAUAAAUAAUAAUGAUAUACAGAAAUAUAUUAAAAAAAAAAAAUUGAGAUUAAUAAAUUUUAUGGAUAAAUGAAAAUAUUCAUCUCCUGAAACAAUUAUGGAAUUUUAAAUAUGGAAACUCAAUUCUGAAACAAUCAAUCAUUUAUUUUUAUUUUAUUAUAAUAAUAAUUAUUAUUAUUAUUUUGACAUCUUAUUCUUAUUUUUAAUUAGAAUUAUCACUUUUUUUUUCUUUGUUCAACGCCUCUCAAGUUUUGAUGUACAAUGCAGUGUCAAAUGUAAAUAGACUGCUUCCAUCUAACCAAAUGCUUGUGUGUUUUGGAAACAUGUGAAUAAAAUGUCAAUAAACUACUUUGUUACAUAUUA